AUGGAUCUAGAAGGUGGAACUCGUCGAUACUCUGCUAAGAGAGAGUCGUGGAGAACGGUUCUGACUCUAGCGUACCAGAGUUUGGGUGUGGUGUACGGUGAUUUGAGCAUUUCGCCGUUGUACGUUUUCAGAAGCACGUUUGCGGAGGACAUUGAACACACCGAGAGCAACGACGAGGUUUUCGGUGUUCUGUCGCUGGUGUUUUGGACCAUAACGCUUAUUCCUUUGGUUAAGUACGUGUUUGUUGUGCUCAAAGCUGAUGAUAACGGCGAGGGAGGCACGUUUGCGUUGUACUCGUUACUGUGCCGCCACGCCCGGGUGAGUUCGCUGCCGAAUUGUCAGGUAGCGGAUGAGGAGUUGACGGAGUACAAGAAGGAUUCACGCCGCGCGGCUCCCGAUAGGAGCUUCGCUUCACGGCUCAAAAGCACGUUUGAGAAGCGCAAGGUUCUGCAGAGGGUUUUGCUCGUUCUGGCUCUGAUUGGGACUUGCAUGGUCAUUGGGGAUGGCAUCCUCACGCCGGCUAUUUCUGUUUUCUCAGCUGUUUCUGGAUUGGAGCUUUCAAUGUCCAAGAAGAUGCACGCAUAUGUUGAAGUUCCAGCUUCAUGCAUCAUAUUGAUUGGCUUGUUUGCUCUUCAACAUUAUGGCACACACAGAGUUGGAUUCUUGUUUGCUCCUGUAAUUAUCUUGUGGCUUUUCUGCAUUAGUACCAUUGGAAUAUACAAUAUAUUUUACUGGAACCCACAUGUAUACAAAGCACUCUCUCCAUAUUAUGCUUUCCAUCUCUUAAUGAAAACUCAGAAAGGAGGUUGGAUGGCUCUUGGUGGAAUUUUACUGUGUAUCACAGGAUCAGAAGCCAUGUUUGCUGAUCUUGGGCACUUUAGCCAAUUGUCAAUCAAGAUUGCUUUUACUUCUGUGGUUUAUCCAUCUUUAAUUCUUGCAUAUAUGGGGCAAGCUGCUUAUCUAUCCAAACAUCAUGACAUGGAGCAAGAUUAUCACUUUGGGUUUUACGUAUCUGUACCAGAGAAAUUGAGAUGGCCUGUUCUGGUCAUAGCCAUACUUGCUGCAGUUGUGGGAAGUCAGGCCAUUAUCACUGGAACAUUCUCAAUCAUCAAGCAGUGCUCCGCAUUAAGUUGUUUCCCUAGAGUUAAAGUGAUUCAUACAUCAUCAAAAAUUCAUGGGCAAAUAUAUAUCCCUGAGAUCAAUUGGCUAUUGAUGAUGUUGUGUUUGGCAGUAACUAUUUGUUUCAGAGACACAAAGCGCCUGGGUAAUGCCUCAGGAUUGGCAGUUAUCACAGUGAUGCUGGUGACCACCUGUUUGAUGUCACUGGUUAUGGUGCUGUGCUGGCACCAGAAUGUCCUCCUUGCACUUGGGUUUGUUUUCAUAUUUGGCACCAUUGAGGCUCUUUUCUUCUCUGCUUCUCUUAUCAAGUUCCUGCAAGGAGCAUGGGUACCAAUAGCAUUGGCACUCAUAUUUCUGACUUUCAUGUAUGUUUGGCACUAUGGCACGCUCAAGAAGUAUGAAUUCGAUGUUCAGAAUAAGGUUUCCAUCAACUGGCUUCUCGGUCUAGGUCCCAGCAUAGGUAUAGUUCGAGUGCGUGGGGUUGGCCUUAUACACACCGAGCUAGUUUCUGGAAUUCCAGUAAUCUUCUCUCACUUUGUAACCAACCUCCCAGCCUUCCAUCAGGUCCUAGUUUUCCUCUGCAUCAAACACGUGCCAGUUCCGCAUGUUAGACCUGAUGAACGGUUUCUAGUUGGUCGCGUUGGUCCAAAAGAUUUCAGACUCUACCGGUGCAUAGUGCGAUAUGGAUACCGUGAUGUCCACAAAGAUGAUGUUGAGUUUGAGAAUGAUCUUUUGUGCAGCAUAGCAGAAUUCAUACGCACAGAAAAAACUGGAUUGAACACUUUAAAUGAUGAGCCUGGAAAGGAUGACAGAAUGGCAGUAGUUGGAACAUGUUCUAAACAUUCCCUUUUGCUGAGUGAGGAUAAUAUAGAUGAUGUUGAGAAUUUAGACAAGCCAGGGCCAUCAGAACUGAAGGAGAUAAAGUCACCCAAGGUGAUCCAGCAGCAGAAGAAAAGGGUAAGGUUUUUGGUACCAGAGAGUCCAAAGAUUGACAUGGGUGCAAUGGAAGAGUUGGAGGAGGUGAUGGAAGCAAGGGAGGCUGGGGUAGCUUACAUUAUAGGACAGACACACAUGAGAGCAAAACCAGGGUCUAGCAUGGUUAAAAAAAUAGCCAUUAAUUUAGUGUAUGAAUUCCUGAGAAGAAACAGCAGGGCACCCUCCUUUGUCACUGGUGUGCCUCAUGCAUCAUCUCUGGAAGUUGGGAUGAUGUACCAAGUUUAA